CCAUCAUUCUCCAGCCCCAACUCAACUCAUGGCGGCAUCCUUCGACAACAACAGUCUGCUCCAGGUGCUCGACAUCACGAUCAAGCACGUGAACAUGCCGUCGACCAGAAGCGAUGGAGGAGGUGUGGCGUCGGGCAACAACUCGCCUAUUCGAGGACCUGCCUACGCUUUCGAGACGGACCCCAUCACGCACAACAUGCAACGCAUGGCCCUUGGCGUCGACGUCAACGAGUGCUGCUUGCCGCCAGGAUGGACAGCGCGGUUUUCCCCCACGAAACAACGUGUGUGUUUUAUCCACGAAGCAUCUGGCGCUAUGCAGUUCACCCAUCCCGGCAUGUAAGAUGGAUGGCCCAUCGCAUCCAGCCCACAUCGUGGUGUGAACAGCGCAUGGACGUUUCGCGUAGCAAUCUCCCGACAUCUCUGGAUUGACUUUGGCCAUACAAUCGAAGUUGGCGUCGAGUCUCCGAGAUCGUUUGUAAAGUAGUUUUGCUUGUAAGUCUAUUACUUGAAUCCGUACGCAUGGCAGUCGUACACCCGCUAUAAAGUGUCCGUGCAAACGGCCUUUCCGUCGAUUCAAUUGCGCAUUUGAUAGCCCUACUUCGCGCGCCACUGCAUCUUGGCCACGACAACUUUGCAGAACGCUACAGCAUUCCAAGAGUCCUUCCAGUCUCCUGAGUCGCUGCCACCUUGCC